CGGAUCCAUUUACUUGUGAACACAGUCACCGAAGUCUCGCGAGAGCUGGACCCGGUUACUUCCACGUCAGACAGUCUUGGUGGGGCCGCAUCAGCUGAGACGAAAUGCCGCUGCGACUGGAGAUAAAGCGCAAGCUAACAGCACGCUCAGACCGCGUGAAGUGUGUGGACCUACAUCCGAGCGAGCCAUGGAUGCUGGCCAGCCUCUACAAUGGCAGUGUGUGCGUGUGGAACCAUGAGACACAGACGCUGGUGAAGACGUUUGAGGUGUGCGACCUGCCAGUGCGCGCUGCCAAGUUUGUGGCUCGCAAAAACUGGAUGGUUGCUGGCUCGGAUGACAUGCAGAUCCGUGUAUUCAACUACAAUACGCUGGAGCGUGUGCACAUGUUCGAGGCUCACUCGGAUUAUAUACGCUGCAUCGCCGUGCACCCGAGCCAGCCCUUCCUACUCACCAGCAGUGAUGACAUGCUCAUCAAGCUGUGGGACUGGGAGAAGAAGUGGACGUGCUCACAGGUGUUUGAAGGCCACACUCACUACGUCAUGCAAAUUGUCAUCAACCCUAAGGACAACAACCAGUUUGCCAGCGCUUCACUCGACCGCACCAUCAAGGUGUGGCAGUUGGGUUCGUCCACCCCGAACUUCACCCUAGAGGGACAUGAGAAAGGGGUCAACUGCGUCGACUACUACAGCGGUGGCGAUAAACCUUACCUCAUCUCGGGUGCCGAUGACCGCCUUGUUAAAAUCUGGGACUACCAGAACAAGACGUGCGUCCAAACACUGGAGGGACACGCACAGAACGUGUCAUGCGUCUCUUUCCACCCCGAACUGCCCAUCAUCAUCACCGGCUCCGAGGACGGUACGGUGCGAAUCUGGCACUCAAGCACCUACCGUCUGGAGAGCACGCUAAACUAUGGCAUGGAGCGCGCCUGGUGUGUGUCUGGACUGCGUGGCUCCAACACCAUCGCCCUGGGCUACGACGAGGGCAGCAUCAUUGUCAAGUUGGGACGCGAGGAGCCGGCCAUGUCGAUGGACUCGAGCGGCAAGAUCAUCUGGGCGAAGCACUCUGAAGUGCAACAGGCCAAUCUGAAGGCCAUGGGCGAGGCGGAGAUCAAGGAUGGCGAGCGGCUGCCUCUGGCUGUCAAGGACAUGGGGAGCUGCGAGAUUUACCCACAGACUAUCUCGCACAACCCCAACGGCCGGUUCGUGGUGGUGUGCGGUGACGGGGAAUACAUCAUCUACACUGCCAUGGCUCUGCGCAACAAGAGCUUUGGCUCGGCGCAGGAGUUUGUCUGGGCCCACGACUCGUCUGAGUACGCUAUUCGAGAGAACAGCAGCACUGUGAAACUGUUCAAAAACUUCAAGGAGAAGAAAUCUUUCAAACCCGACUUUGGAGCAGAAGGAAUCUACGGGGGCUUUCUGUUGGGUGUGCGCUCCAUGAGUGGGUUGGCGUUUUUCGACUGGGAGAGCACAGAGCUCGUCCGACGCAUUGAGAUCCAGCCCAAAAAUAUCUUCUGGUCGGAUUCUGGUGAGCUGGUCGCCUUGGCAACGGAGGACUCCUUCUUCAUCCUGCGGUACCACUCGGAGAAGGUGGUGGCCGCACAGGAGACGCACCAGGGCGUUACAGAGGAUGGCGUCGAGGAUGCGUUCGAGGUGCUGGGCGAGAUCCAGGAGGUGGUGAAGACCGGCCUGUGGGUCGGGGAUUGCUUCAUCUACACUAACUCAGUCAACCGCCUCAACUAUUACGUGGGCGGCGAAAUUGUCACCAUUGCACAUCUGGACAGGACGAUGUACCUGCUUGGCUACAUCCCCAAGGACAACCGGCUGUACCUGGGCGAUAAGGAGUUGAACAUGGUGAGCUAUUCGCUGCUUCUGUCCGUGCUGGAGUACCAGACGGCCGUGAUGCGGCGCGACUUCGACAUGGCCGACAAGGUGCUGCCCACGAUCCCCAAGGAGCAGCGCACGCGCGUCGCUCACUUCCUGGAGAAGCAGGGAUUCAAGUCGCAGGCGUUGGCCGUAUCAUGUGACCCCGAGCACCGCUUUGAGUUGGCGCUGCAGCUCGGGGAAUUGAAGAUUGCGUACCAGCUCGCCACUGAGGCAGAGUCUGAGCAGAAGUGGAAGCAGCUGGCGGAGCUGGCGACGUCACGCUGUCAGUUCCAGCUGGCGCAGGAGUGCCUGCACCGUGCGCAGGACUACGGCGGCCUGCUUCUGCUCGCCACAGCCUCGUCGGACCAGGCCAUGGUGACGCGGCUCGCGCAGGGCGCCGAGCGCGAUGGCAAGAACAACGUCGCCUUCCUCUCCUACUUCCUGCAGGGGAACCUGGAUAAGUGUCUGGAGGUGCUGAUCAACACCAAUCGCCUGCCAGAGGCGGCCUUCCUCGCCCGCACAUACUUGCCCAGCGAAGUGUCAAGGGUAGUGAAGCUGUGGCGCGAGUCGCUGGCCAAGAGCAACCAGAAGGCGGCCGACUCGCUCGCCGACCCUACCGAGUACGAGAACCUCUUCCCGGGCCUGCGCGAGGCCGCCGCUGGCGAACUCUACCUGCGCACUACAUCUUCUACACGGCUUGCAUGCCAGUACCCCCUUGUGACGCCAAACGAAGAACGCAACGUUCUUGAGGAGGCUAAGGGCUACACGCCCAAAGAGACGACAGCUGCUAAACAGUUGGUUGUUGGUGUCAUUCAGGAAAAACCUUCAAUCGUGCAGGAGGAGGAAAAGGUGGAGGAGGUGGAAGAGGAGGUGGAGGAUGAUGUGGCAGCGGAGGAGCAGGGAGAAAACGACAAUGACCCUGAUGAUGAUGCUGAUGUUGUUGAGGACACGGAUAAAAAAAAUCUUGAAUUGGUCACCGCUAACAGCGAUGACUGCACACCCGGAGCUGGAGCCGAGGCAGCAGACAUCCACAAGAGUGAGCCUGUUGUUCUUUCAAAGGAGGAAAAGACGUUGCAGGAGCUGGAGGAAGACCUGGACAACCUGGAGAUUGACGAGAACAUCGAUACAUCCGACAUCAACCUCGACGAGGACUUUGAGUGACCUGGCGAACAUGACGACUUUGGUCUAGACUUGGAUGAUGUCAAUUUCUAAACAACGGGAGCUCAUACUUUCCAUAAUGGCUAAGCAUGUCACAAAUCGCCCCCCCCCCUCCCUCGCCAACCACCCCCGGCCUCAUAAUUCAGUGAAUUAUCAUGACUUGGAUUUCAUUCAUUUCAAGAAACAAUUUAUUAUUGUGUUGUAUAGAAUCUAUUAUGGCUACAGAGUUAUACAUCAACUAAAUACAACAAUGUAAACGAAUAAUCAAUUCCUAUGCACGCAAUCCGAUGCAUUGAUUGUGUGCAUAAAAGAUUCAAAUUAACGCCUCGCCACGUCUCUUAGCGGCACUCUUACACCGCAGCUGCAUUAAUCGUUUAUUAUUUUUGUAACAACAGAAAAAACAAGCUAUUAUUUUUCAAAACAUGGCAACCCUAUUAGCUAACGUAUGAUUCAUUUUCGAAUUUUGUAUCUUCCUAAAAAUAGAAAUAGACGUUCAGGCUAGUAGAUUUUCAAAUGUGUUCAAAUUAUUAGAUGUGGGGCAUAACAAUCUGCUGUUUUGUUAAGGGAGUUUCGGCGAAUGUACACUUCCUCAUGUUAACAAUAAUUUGUUGGCGUAUAUAAUUUUUUACUGCUAAUAUUGCAGCAUUUGACACAUUUACUUCGGUGAACAUUCUCAAUCGCACAUACAACCUAGUAUAAAUGAGGGGCCCAAUUCAAGUGUUGGCGAAAGUGCCUUUACGUACGAUUUUUCAUGGUUUGGCUGUUUCGUCAAGAAGGAAUAUGGCCUGUAGUGUAAAGGAACAUUAGUAAUCACUCUUGUGUAUUGCUACGAAAACCUGUUAAUAUGUUAAAAUGUAAACCACCGGUUUUCAUUUUUUGUUUAAAAUGAUGGCACCCCAAUAUACGUCUGCAUAUAGCUGUUAUAAUAAAGUGGUUUAUGUAUCUGA